GGAAUACCUUCGGAAUAGCUACUUUACCAUGGCCAUUUAGCAGCAUCUUAGCCUGUUGUCAUGAAGUAUUUAUUUUGGAUACCAAGAUGAACAGUAAGAUGAUAACCUCCACUAUGUGAAGAGACAAGCUUGGAAUGAAGGGCUGAAGGACAACACCAGGCAUGACUUCCAUAAAGGAACAAGCAGCUAUUAGUAGAUUAAUAAGUUUCCUACAAGAAUGGGAUAGUGCUGGCAAAGUUGCUCGGAGUCACAUUCUGGAGAAUUUCAUUCUAGCAAACCAAGGCAAGACAGGUCCAGAACUGGAGAUGGAAUUUUCUCAGGGAGCCAGUUUGUUUCUGGCCCGAAUUACUGCCUGGCUCAGGCUUACUUACAUGUAUGGAACAUGCUUAGAAUAUCAGUUGAAAUCCAUUGGCAUCUUUCUGUCAGCUGCAAGUGGCCAGCGGUACAUUAUUGAAUUCUUGGAAAUUGGUGGUGUCCUCACACUGUUGGAAAUCCUUGGACUCAAGCAACUAAAAGAGGAGGACAAAAAGGAAUCAAUAAAACUGCUCCAGUUAAUAGCACAUUCUGGUAGAAAGUUCAAAGAGAUUAUCUGUGAAAGCUAUGGUGUGCGAUCAAUUGCUGAGUUUUUGGCCACUUCCAAGUCAGAAGAGACUCAAGAGCAAGUGCAAAUUCUUCUGGAUGCUUUAGGCCAUGGCAACCCCAAGUACCAAACACAGGUGUACAAAGGCCUGAUCGCUCUUCUAAAGUGCACUUCUCCCAAAGCCCAGCAACUCUCUCUGCAAACACUCAGGAUAAUACAGACAAUUGUGGGAGAAGCCCAUCCAAGUAUUGUGGGCUCUGUGCUGGGUGUACUUCGCUCACUACAUUUGGAGGUGCAAUAUGAAGCAAUUCAACUGAUCAAGGACCUUAUGUCGUAUGACGUACGGCCAAGAGUCUUACAAGGAUUAGUAGAACUAUUGAAGCCAUCAAGACAGGAGACUGCCAAAAUGCAAGCCAAGAUCUUGGAAGAAGGCACAUUGGAUCUGAUGGAGUCCUUGCCUGCAUAUGUUCAGCAAGCAGCUGCAGCAAAAGCAAUUGGAAUUCUGGCCCAAGACUCCAGAGAGAUGGCAGAGGAGCUGCUCUUCUUGAAUGUGGUACAUGGCCUUAUGUGUGCCAUGGGCAACAAAGAUCACACCAACUGCCAGAGGCAGGCAAGCAUCACACUAGAGUACUUUGUACAGAAUUUCAUAGUGGUUGAGAAUCAUGUAAAAGCAGCCAUGGGAGAAAAAUUGUUCCAGCUCUUUAUGCAAGAUGCUACAAACUUGUACUUGAAUAUGGAUGCUGUACAAGCUGAUAUCCUGGCCACUAAUAUAGUUAACAUGCCAGCAGAAUUUUUGGCUAAAGCAAAAAUGGAAUGGGCAGAAAAAGAAUCAAGCCCUGAAGAGGAACUGCUGACUGAAGAUAGUAAUUUAUCUCCUCAACCAGAUACCUUGUAACUGCACCUUGUUCCCCUAUUGGGCUAUAAUGUCAAUUUUCUUCUUGUUUUUUCCAUGAGUUCCAUAUAUUCAAAUUCCUUGUGCCUUUCUGGAUCCUUGCCAUUCAUCCCUGUGAAAAAUAUGUGAAUGUCUAUGUGACUGCAGUACAAUGUGAGUUCCAAAUGCAUUAUAGCAGAUGAACUCUAGUCCUACUUGCCUUUCUCAGUUCUGAAAUACACCUAAGAUUAUUAACAUGUACAGUACAGCUGGAUCAUUGUUUCCAGGACCACAGCCCCAACCUAACCUUUGUUACUGGUCUGUGAAGAUAAACAUGAUGUGACCACUUA